AUGAUGCUCCGACCGCCCUCCGCGGACCACAGGCACAAGCGACACUCCCAGUCCCGAUCACGCUCCCGACGGAGGUCGCCUUCUCGAUCUCGGCACCGUUCGCCGUCCCGGUACCGGUCGCCAUCCCGCCGCCGGUCAGAGUCCCGGUACCGUUCGUCAUCUCGGUACCGGUCGCACUCCCGGCACAGAUCCAGGUCCCGAUCGCCAUCGCGUCGGCACCACCGGAGGUCUCCAUCCCGGCGUCGUUCCCGACAUCGCGAUUCCCGCAGCCUCUCCCGGCACUGCAGAUCCCGCUCCCAGUCGAGCUCCCGGCACCGGUCGAGCUCCCGGCACCGCGGUGGCCGACGGUCUCGAUCACCGUCCCGGUACCGGAGGUACUCACGCCAUCCCUCGGUACCGUCUGCGGAGAGGCUACCGCCUUCAGCGGUGCAGUCUGUCAGCGCCUCAGCGCCUCCUUGGCCAUCCCGCCCGGCAUCCGUGGCCUCUGGCGUGGACAGCACCGCGCAUCUGCCACCGACCCCACAUGGCGAUCCUCAGGGGUCUCAACAGUGGGGCUUCUGGGUUCCAUGGGCCCAGCAUGAGGCGCAGGGGGUACCGUUUCCCCUGAGAGACUUGGCCGCCGAGCGCAAGGUCCCCGAGGCGACGGUUAGCCGGCCAGCUCCUUCUCCUCGUCGUGAGUCCCCCAUUCCACCGGACCACAAGUCCUCCACGCUGCGCGAUCCAACCGAGGCACAGUCAACAGCCACUGCGGCGGAGGCCGUAGUGCAGGGCUUGUCCUCUUCAUCCUCCCCGGACGAGGCGGUGGCCGGCGCUUCAGCCAAGGAUCCGCCGCCUAUUGACCUGAAGGCCCAUCAGGACCUGCUUCGGCGACGGCCAUGGAUCUCCCAGUGGCGGAGAACAAUCCAAAAGAACGCCACUACGCUCUGGCAAACUCCUGCAUCCAUUCCUCCCACGGCCCGCGGGGUUGAGCGUAAAUACUCGGUUCCCCCGACGGGAUACGAGUACCUUUAUACCCACCCGACCCUGGACUCGCUGGUGGUGCAGUCGGUUAACGACCGCGAGAGACACGGUCAACCUGCCCCUGCGCCUAAAUCCAAGGAUGCUCGGCGCAUGGACCUGCUAGGCCACAAGGUCUACUCGGCAGGCAGUUUGCAGAUGCGAAUUGCUAACCAGAUGGUCCUCCUCGCCAGUCUCGACAACUCGUGA